AUGGCAAAUUUUAUUUUCGGGGUUUUCUUGAUUCUGGUUUUAUCAUAUUUGAGUAACAGAGUAACUGGAAAAGCUCCUGUCAAAGAAAUUCACGCAGAUGUUGAUGGGAAAUUAAAGCAGCUUAACAAGCCUGCUGUGAAGACCAUACAGAGUGAUGAUGGGGAUAUUAUCGAUUGUGUCGAUAUCUAUAGACAACCUGCUUUCGAUCACCCUGCAUUAAGGAAUCACGUUAUUCAGAUGAAACCCAAUUUCAAUUUCAAAGAAAUGGAAUUCAAUUCGAAAAAUGGGUCGUCGAAGCUAACUGUGUUUCAGACAUGGCAAAAAAGCGGAAGCUGCCCGAAAGGAACUGUCCCAAUUCGAAGGAUUCGAAGAGAGGAUUUACUGAGAGCGCAAUCUGUCCAACAGUUUGGAAGAAAACCUCAAGAAGUUGUCUUGAAAUCAAACACAACAAUUGGCCGAUUUCCAUCUAUUAAUAGCAACGCACUCGCACUUCCUGCUAUUGUUAACCGAUCCGCAGCAAUUCUUGCUACAGUUGGAGCCAAUUACACAGGAGCUAAAGCGGAUAUCAAUGUUUGGAAUCCAAAUGUUGAAUCUGAAGAUUUCACUACUGCUCAAGUCUGGCUUAAAGCUGGCCCUAAUGAUAAUUUUGAAAGCAUAGAAUCCGGAUGGACAGUAAACCCACAAUUAUAUGGUGACAAAAAGACCAGAUUAUUUGCACAUUGGACUAAAGAUUCUUACAAGACAACAGGUUGUUUUGACCUCCAAUGCAGUGGCUUCAUUCAAACAAGCUCUAAAAUUGCCCUUGGUGCAGCCAUUUCGCCUAUAUCCAUGGAGUUAGGUCAACAGUACUAUAUCACCAUUGGCAUUUAUAUGGAUGAAAACACAAACAAUUGGUGGCUAAUAUUUGGGAAUGGUAUAACAAUUGGAUAUUGGCCAGCAUCAACACUAAAUGUCUUGAAGAAUAGUGCAACAAUGGUUGAAUGGGGUGGACAAGUUUAUAGCCCAAAUGUGCGGAAAUCGCCACACACCAAGACCGCCAUGGGGAGUGGCAAAUUUGCUUCUAGUCUAAAAGGGAAUGCAUGUUACAUGGAGAAUAUUGGCAUUGUAGAUUUCUCAACGCAACUUCAGUACCCACCUGCGGUGACCACUUUGGCUGAAGAGAAUUAUUGCUACACUGCUUUAAAUCACCAAGAUGGAUCCGAAAGUUCACCAACUUUUUACUUUGGGGGACCUGGUCAGAAUUAUAAUUGUCCAUAGAGUCCUCUAAAUAUAUAGUUUUUGUUUUUGUUUUGGCUUGUGUCCAUGAUUUAUAUUAUAAUACAAUAAAAUCAUGGUUUGCGUAGGUGAAA